AAGCACGACCCUGGAGAACGGGGGAAAGCGCGGUGCACCUGCCAACUGCAACUCCCGAGGCGGCCGCAGCAGCACUGGCGUCACACCCGCCUCGGCCCGCCCCUUCCCUCCCGGGCCCCGCUCGCCUGCGCACGGCUAGCCGCUGGCCCUGAGCGCGCGCCGCCGGCUCCCCCACACGCGGCCCCCCACCGCUCGUCACUGCGCAGGCGCGGCCCGUGAGCGUGGGGCGGCUCGAGCCUGCCGGCUGCUGGCGCUGGGAAGCGCGGGGGUUUGCGGCCUGCGUUCCGCACCCGCUGGCCGCGCACUACCUGAGACCGCGAGGCGCAGGCCGAGUGUCCCCGCGCUCUGAGCAGUGUGGCCAUGGAGAACCAGGUGCUGACGCCCCACGUCUAUUGGGCUCAGCGACACCGCGAGCUGUAUCUGCGCGUGGAGCUGAGUGAUGUGCAGAAUCCUGCCAUAAGCAUCACUGAAAACGUGCUGCAUUUCAAAGCUCAAGGACACGGUGCCAAAGGAGACAAUGUCUAUGAAUUUCACUUGGAGUUUUUAGACCUUGUGAAGCCAGAGCCGGUUUACAAACUGACCCAGAGGCAGGUAAACAUUACAGUACAGAAGAAGGUGAGUCAGUGGUGGGAGAGGCUUACCAAGCAGGAGAAACGUCCACUGUUUUUGGCCCCUGACUUUGAUCGCUGGCUGGAUGAGUCGGAUGCGGAAAUGGAGCUCAGAGCCAAGGAAGAAGAACGCCUAAAUAAACUCAGGAUUGAAAGCCAAGGCUCUCCUGAAACUCUCACCAGCUUGAAGAAGGGGUACCUGUUCAUGUAUAAUCUCGUGCAGUUCUUAGGAUUCUCCUGGAUCUUUGUCAACAUGACUGUGCGAUUCUUCAUCUUGGGAAAAGAGUCCUUCUAUGACACAUUCCACACCAUGGCUGACAUGAUGUAUUUCUGCCAGAUGCUGUCAGUUGUGGAAACUAUCAAUGCAGCGAUUGGAGUCACUAAGUCACCAGUGAUACCUUCUCUUAUUCAGCUUCUUGGAAGAAAUUUCAUUUUGUUUAUCAUCCUUGGCACCAUGGAAGAAAUGCAAAACAAAGCUGUGGUUUUCUUUGUGUUUUAUAUGUGGAGCACAGUUGAAAUCUUCAGGUACCCCUUCUACAUGCUUUCCUGCAUGGAUAUGGACUGGAAGGUGCUCACCUGGCUUCGUUACACUGUGUGGAUUCCCAUUUAUCCUCUGGGAUGUUUGGCGGAAGCUGUCUCAGUGAUCCAGUCCAUCCCAGUGUUCAAUGAAACAGGAAGAUUCAGCUUCACAUUGCCAUACCCAGUGAAAAUCAAAGUUAGAUUUUCCUUUUUUCUUCAGAUUUAUCUUAUCAUGAUAUUUUUAGGGUUAUAUGUAAAUUUCCGUCAUCUUUAUAAACAGCGCAGGCGGCGCUAUGGACAAAAAAAGAAAAAGAUCCACUGAAAAUAGAGAUUUAGAUAACUUCUUGCCAGUUUGAGCCUAUCUUUAAUUCUUACAGUUUUACCUUCUUGUACUGAUGUAAACGUUUUUUUUAAAGUUAAAUGGUUAAAUUCUCAGUGAGGCUGUCUUCCCUUUCCCCGCUAACAUUCCUGAACUGCCCUAUUACCUUGAUGUAGUACUUGCAUGACAUGGAUUCCUGGUAUCUGAUGAGGGUUAGUCUUGCACAUUCUGUUAGUGACACCAAAAGACUAAGGCCUACUUCCACCCAUUCCAUGUCCAGUCAGUUUCAUGUAGGGCAGAGAUAUUUCUUCAGUGUCAUGACCCUACUACCAGGAACUGGUUAUUCUUACAGCUGGGAUUUGUUCUUUUCAGCUGCUGUUCGUGGGAAAAAAAGAUUAUGUUGCUCUAUAGGAGGUUGUGAAAGUGACUCAGGCAGGGCCUAAUAUAUUGUUCCCAAGGGUUACUAUUAGGUGAGGUGGCAUUGAUUUUUUUGAAAAUGGAUUUUGAUUUAGUCAUUGAUAAAACAUUUCUGAAUCCAACUGGAGCUAGAGAAGACGUAUUACCUCUGAAUCUUUUGGCCUAACAGCUGUUACUAUAGUUCUUAUCUGUGUGGGCACUGGAAGGACAGAAUGACUUGAGAAAAACUAGUCAGAACCUUGGAACACCAUGAUCACUUACUUCACUCCUAGGUAAUCAACUAUUUUCAGCACUAAAGGAAGAUGAAAUAUUGCUUAGAAAACAAUGAGAUCAUAAGCAUUCCGAACCCAAAUGGCUGAAGGGUCAGAAAGGUCAAACUGACACCUUUUUUUCUGUUUCACCUGUUUGCAGUAGGAUAGUGAACACUGAGUGAGAACUUGGCUGGAGAACCAUCAGCUGGUCCAUUAACAAAGAUUCCUGGCAAGAAACCCACCAAUAGACAUUAUAAAGUUUGGCCACUAUCAAAAACAUCAGUUUCCUCUACUACAUUCCAAAUAAAUCAAUAAAAUAAGUGUUAGAAGUAAUGCUUAAAAAGUA